UAUUAACAUAAUGUGUUUGUAUAUCGGGACAGAAAAGCACAGCUCUCAGAAUAUAUUUCAACUGUAAUGUGUGGCAUUUUCCUGAAUUCAUCAAAAAGAAAGAAGAAAACAUACUAGUUUUGGCAAUUUCAAAAAGUGACCUAAAGAAAAAGAGAAAAGCUACAAAGUGAAGAAUUCGAUAACAAAAUGUCGGUGGACCUUCCAGCUAGAACAGACAUAUUGUUCCUUAUUUUAGUCUCUUUGGUAGGAUGUAACGAGGCAGCGUUGUCCGUUGGACUAACGCCCCUGACGACUAACCUGAACGAGAAGGCGUCGACGGUUGCUCUACUCCCACUCACAUGUAUCAACACGUCCAACACCUUCGCCAUCACGAAAAAGAGCCAGAACCCCUUCUACUGCGAUAAGUGCUUCCAGGUGCUGAAAGAUAAAGAUCCAUCGAAGCCAGGUUAUUGGCUAUGGUUCCAUUCGGGCGUGGCGCCGCUCGAUUACACGUCCAUCAACCUGUACACUAUUGACAUCGAGUGUGAUGACGGCACUGAAAAGGCAACCGCAUCUAUCACUGUGAACAUCGUCCCAAAUCAACAACCGAAAAUAGCUCAGUCUACAGUAACUUGUACGAACAAGAUCCUGGCGGCUAGUGUGAAAGCUGGGGACAAUGUUUUUUUAAGAGGACUGGAACUGGCCGUUCCUGCUGUCUACACAAGAACCCCUUACGUAGUUGCCACGCUUGAACUGGCCCUGCCUGCUGUCCACGUCUGA